AUGGCUACCAACUUUACCCAGAAAUUCCAGGCCGGAGAGUCUUAUGGAGAUGCGCGCCAAGACUCGGCCAACUUCUUCAAUGAUCCGGCGAAGAUCGCAGCCGACAUCUUGAAGGACUAUGUCUCCGUACGAGGGCAAACAUCCCCGGCGGAGCUCGUGGGCCUCAUCAAAGAGCUACUCUCGAAGGGCGAGCCUCUCGAUGACAAGAAAGGAACCACCGAGAUCCUCAUUGGAAUCCUUACAUCCCUGCCUGCCACCUCAAAGGCCAGGACCAUGCUCACCAACAAACUCAUUGACACAUUAUGGGGAAAUCUUCAGCAUCCCCCACUGAGCUAUGUUGGUGGCGACAUCAAAUACGAUGCCCUCAAUGAAGCCGGCGAAGUCCUCAACAGCAAGGGAGAGCCACAGACAAAGGAGCCUCAAGCCACAGACUCAAUUGAGUUCACCGCCCCUGGCACCAACAUCCGUCUCCGCGAGCAAGUACCGCAGGCGCCGGACGGCUUGCACCACUACCGUUCUCCCGAUGGCAGCUUCAACAACAUCCUCGAGCCCAACUUGGGCAAGGCCGGAACGCCUUAUGCCAAGUCGGUCAGAACCGCCAAGAGACUUCACGGCGUCAAGCCUGACCCGGGUCUCCUGUUUGACCUGCUGAUGGCUCGUGACGAAGGAUCCUUCAAGGAGAAUCCAGCUGGCAUCUCAUCGAUGCUGUUCUAUCAUGCGUCCAUCAUCAUCCAUGACAUCUUCAGAACCAACCGCACCGACAUGAACAAGAGCGACACAUCGUCGUAUCUCGAUCUAGCACCCCUGUACGGCUCAUCACUCAAGGACCAGCUUGAGGUCAGAACUAUGAAGGAGGGAAAGCUCAAGCCCGACACAUUCCACGAAAAGCGCCUUCUGGGACAACCCGCUGGUGUCAAUGUGAUGCUGGUCAUGUACUCUCGUUUCCACAACUACGUCGCCGACAUUUUGCUCAAGAUCAACGAGAACGGACGCUUCACACUGCAAACCAAGGCCGACGCCACCGACAUCGAGAAGGCCAAGGCUGUGGCCAAGCAGGACCACGACCUCUUCAACGUGGCGCGUCUGAUUGUGGGCGGUCUUUACAUCAAUAUCUCACUGCACGACUACUUGAGAGCCAUCACCAACACGCACCACUCCAAGAGUGACUGGACUCUGGACCCUCGCGUCGAGAUCAACAAGCAAUUCGAUAGCGAUGGCGUGCCCCGUGGCGUCGGCAACCAAGUUAGUGUCGAGUUCAACUUGCUGUAUCGCUUCCACUCUUGCAUCUCAAAGAAGGAUGAGAAAUGGAUUGACGGCUUCUUUGGCAAGAUUUUCAAGGACAAGAAGCCCGAAGACCUGCAAAACGUCAGCAUAAAAGAGCUGGGCGAGGCUUUCGUUGAUUACGAGGCGAAUAUUCCCAAGGACCCAAGCGUCCGCACCUUUGACGAUUUGCAGAGACAAGAGGAUGGCACCUUCAAGGACGAGGAUCUGGCUAGGAUUCUCAAGGAGGCCAUGAAUGACCCGGCCGGAUGCUUCGGUGCUCGCAUGGUUCCCAAGGCCCUCAAGAUCGUCGAGGUUCUCGGUAUCAACCAGGCGCGCAAGUGGCAGGUUGCGUCGCUGAACGAGUUCCGAGAGUUCUUUGGCUUGAAGAAGUACGACAAGUUCAGUGAUAUCAACUCCAACCCCGACAUCGCCAGCCUUCUUGAGAAGCUUUACACCGACCCCGACAUGGUCGAGCUUUACCCUGGACUCAUGAUCGAGGACAUCAAGCCGGUUCGAAACACUGGCAGCGGUAUCUGCCCGACAUACUCUGUCGGCCGAGCUGUGCUCUCCGACGCCGUCACUCUUGUCCGCUCAGAUCGCUUCAACACCAUCGACUACACCGUCAGCAACCUGACAGCAUGGGGUUUCAACGAGGUCCAGCAGGAUUACAAGACCCUCGGUGGUUCGAUGCUGUACAAGCUCAUUCAGCGAGGUCUGCCCAACUGGUUCCCCUACAACUCCAUCGCCGUCAUGCAGCCCAUGUACACCAAGAAGAUGAACACGACCAUUGCCGAUGAGAUUGGCACGUUGCAUUUGUACACCCAGGACGACCCGACACCUCCACGCAAGGCCAUCGUCACCCAGACAAGCGGAGCCAUCAAAUAUGUCUUGAGCAACCCCAAGCAGUUCGUCCUGCCAUGGCUCAGACCUCUGCAAGCCAUGUUCACGAAUUCUAAGAGAGACAUCAGCUGGUUCAUGCUCGCGGGUGACGAGCAGAAGAACUACCAGCACCGCAUCAACAUCAAGAAGGCGCUGAGCAAGAUCCCGACUCUGCACAACGCGAUCCAUGAGUUCAUUGACCGCGUCGGCGCAGAGCUCGUCAAGAAGGAGACAUUCAAGAUGAAGGAGGGCCUCCACCAGAUGGACAUCAUCCGCGAUGUUGCUAUCCCACUGAAUGCUCAGCUUCUUGCUGAUCUCUUCUACUUCGACCUGCGCACUGAUGAGAACCCCGGCGGUACCCUCGGCGCCGCUGAGCUCUACAAUCACUUGCUCAACGUCCGAAUCUGGGGAGUCAAUGACAACGACCCAGCCCAGUCCUGGAACCGUCGCCGCCGCGCAAUCGAGAGCGUCAACGUUAUCAUCGAAUCGACAGCCGGUCCCGUCAAGGAGGUCCACGCCGGUCGUGGCCUGGGCUUUGGCAUCGCCAACGCCAUCUCCAGCGCGGUCGGUCGCCGGGCCAACUUCAAGAAGGAUUCGCUGCGGUCGUGUGGCUACAAGUUUGUCGAGGAGCUCUUGGCGCAAGGAAACUCGGUUGAUCAGGUUGUCGACAACAUGUGGCUGACUGCCUUUGGCGGUAUCGGUGUUCCUGUAACGACUUUCUACGAAGUAUUGUCCUUCUUCUUGCGCCCCGAGAACGCCUCCAUCUGGGCCGAGGUUCAGAACCUUGCACAGAACAAGGACGAUGCAGGACUUCACGCCUACGUUCGUGAGGCGCAGCGUCUCACCAGCGGACAGCGCAACGUGCGCGUUGCCACAGCUCCAGCUGAGAUUGACGGCAAGCAGAUCCAGCCGGGUACUGCAGUCGUGAUGCUUCUUGGCGGCGCUGGACGCAACCCUCAGGAGAUUUCCAACCCCGACAAAUUCGACGCCAACCGCAAGGCCGAGGAGGUCUCUGCCUUCAGCUACGGCCAGCACGAGUGCUUGGCCAAGGACAUUGCCACGACGUUUGUCGUUGGACUCGUCAAGCUCGCCGCUGACCUCAAGCAGCUGCGCCCGGCACCGGGCCAGAUGGGCGUUGUCAAGACCAUCCAGGUAGGCAGCGAGAAGGCCUACCUGAACGAUAGUUGGUCGUACCUUGGCUUUGAUGCGAGCACCUGGAAGGUUCACUUUGACGGCCACGGAAAGGGCACCUACAAGGGCGACGCUGCAGUCAACAACCCGAUUGACUUGGGACAGUACUACUACCUUCUCAAGCAGCGCAAGGAAAACAUUCUCAGUGACCUCGGUGUACCGGCCAGCAUCCGUGCUCAAUGA